GAAAAAAAACAACCUGAGCAACUCACUGGACCACUUCCCAUUAGAGAAAUCAUAGCGCAUGAUGAUAGCGCUCCUACAGCCAAUGGGCAACAAGCAAAGAAGAAAAAACGAAAUAGGAAACGAAAGGCCGAAGAUCAUGGAUCUUCAGAGUUAAGCGCCCAUGUGGCAGAAGAACCGUUGGAACAGUUAAAACCGAAGAAGAGAAAACAAUUUGCCAAUGCUGAAAAGGCAAAGGAGUUGAGCAUUGAUGAUGAUCGCCUCCGUGCCUAUGGUAUCAACCCGAAGAAAUUCAAAAAUAAGCUCAAGUUUGGUAAGAAGGAGAAUGAGCGGACAAAAUGA